GUUUGACAGAUUUUUCGGUCAUGGGAAUUUCUCAAAUUAGAGUUAACCAUAACGUCAAAGAAAAAUGCAGUUUGAGUGACUUUGAGGAUGAACUAUACAGUCAGGUUUCUACACAAAAGUACAAGUCAUAACAAGUACAGAGUAGGUCUGUUGUUGGAAUUGAGUUAUGAAAAUUAAGGUACAGCGUACAUGCAUGUCACCAUUAGUGGUUGAUACGAAAAUCAAGUAUAAUCCAACAAGUGACUCAUUCACUGACAGCAAUUGUCCAAAGUUCAUAAUGUUUGGCGAGCAUUUAUCAUCUGACGACUGAUAACGUUGGAAGGAGCAAGUCCUUUGAAGCCCUCCAGCAUUUAGGUUUGCUGUUACUAUUAGUAUAUACAUUGGUGCUAUCAGCUUAUUGGCUUGUAGCAUGUUCCUGUAUCUUACCUGAUUACGAUAAAUGUGAAAGCCAGGUGUUGGUCUAACCAGGCAUUAGUUUUGAGCAGAGUGGUCAAAAAAGAACCAUUUCGUUAACAAGAAAGGUGCCAAGAAAAAACCCAUCUACAAUAUCUCUGAGGCUGUGUUGCCGUCAUCCGGAAGAGCGGGUGGAGCUUAGCCAUUUCCCACCAACUAUGGGAGAGUAUAAAGACGGAGAGAUGAAAGGAUAUCUCUUUAAAUGGACCAACUAUAUGAAACGGUAUCAAAAGAGAUGGUUUGUGCUGUCAAAUGGAAUACUUUCAUACUACAGGAGUAGGGAGGAGAUGGGCCAUACAUGUCGAGGAACUAUCAACCUUGCCACGGCACGAAUAUGUACUGAAGAUACAUUGAGUUUGAUUUUAACAAAUAACGGAACACAGAACUUUCAUCUCAAAGCAAAUAGUGAAGUUGAAAGACAGGAGUGGGUCAUGGCUCUGGAACUUGCAAAAGCCAGAGCUAUUCGAUUAUCCGAAUUAGAAGAAGAAGAAGCAAACGAAUUUGUUCAAGUGCCUUUACCAUCAGAGAAAAAUGAAUUUCAAAAGGCAAUAGAAACCUUAAGUGCUAAAUUGGAAGACCUGAGCACCUGUAAUGAACAGCUUGUUAGGCAAGGCUCAGCCCUCGAAAAAUCACUCGAUGAGGCCGACUUCAAUCAGACGAAUGGUGGCCCUGAUGUUCCUGUCAAACAACUAAAAGAAAGGGCAUUGCUUUUCAAAGCUGCAUGUAAUAUAAUGAUCAAAACUUGCACAGAAUACGUUCAGCUAGCACAGAAUGAUUACUAUCGAUGGCAGAAAAUUUUAGAACAUGAGCACAACCGAAGGGUGUGUCUGGAGGAAACUGUGGAAGAGCUGGCCAAGGACAACUCUCAGCUGGAAGAGAAGGCGAAAAAAGUGACGGAAGCUCAAAGUGUGGAUUGCGUAGAUAUGCUCUCUGACGAAGAAGAGUUCUACGAUGCAGAAUCUGAUAUAAUUUUGGUAGCCUCUGGGAAAACUCUUAGACGACAGUCGAGAGAGAAAAAUCCGCUGCAUGACCAGCUAGACACCGAUAGUGGAGCCUCUUCGGAUCUGGAAGAAAAUAACUUUGUCAAAGCCCAGAAUUCUAAUUCUAGGCGAAAGAAUGAUUCGGAAAAAGACAUGGAUAAGAUGGUGGAUGAAACAGAUUACAGAAAACAAGGUGAUGUGUCAUCGGUAGGAAAGCGGAAACGGAGAAUCUACAUACCCGAGAAACCCAAUUAUAGCAUCAACCUGUGGGCAAUCAUGAAGAACUGCAUUGGGAAGGAACUGACAAAAAUCCCAGUACCAGUAAAUUUUAAUGAACCACUCUCCACUCUUCAACGACUAACUGAAGAAUACGAGUAUUCCAGACUUCUAGACAAAGCAAGCCGUUGUAAGGACAGCUGUGAGCAGAUGGCUUUUGUUGCCGCCUAUACCGUUUCAGCAUACGCUACCACUAGUAAUCGCUCAAGUAAACCCUUCAAUCCUCUCUUAGGCGAGACUUACGAGUGUGACAGAAUGGAUGACCUUGGCUGGAGAUGUCUUUCAGAACAAGUAAGCCACCAUCCUCCAAUGUUGUCUCAGUAUUGUGAAGGAAAGUCUGGGUGGAAAUGCUGGCAGGAAUUCACAAUGUCCAGCAAGUUUCGGGGGAAGUAUCUUCAAAUCAUUCCCCUUGGUAUUGCUCACUUGGAAUUCCCAGAUACUGGACAUCACUACACAUGGCGAAAAGUGACAACUUAUGUUCACAACAUCAUCUUUGGAAGAUUAUGGGUUGACCACCAGGGUGAAAUGGACAUAAUCAACCAUACUACGGGGGAUAAGUGCCACCUGAAGUUUGUUGCCUACAGCUACUUCUCUCGUGAUACUCCUAGAAAGGUAACUGGUGUGGUUUAUGACAAGGAAGGAAACCACCAAUGGAUUCUGCAGGGAAUGUGGGAUAACAAAAUGGAAGGAGCUAAAGUUCUGAAAGUAAACAGCAGUGGAAAUGGAAAGCCAGUUGUCGAAACUGCAACCUAUAAGCUUUUAUGGAAACGUGUGAUGCCUUUGCUAGAGUACGAGAAAAUGUACAACUUCACAGUACUAGCCUGCCAGCUUAAUGAACCUGAGGAGGGAGUGGCCCUCACUGAUAGCAGACUCCGCCCAGAUCAGCGUCUUAUGGAAGAAACGAAGUGGGAUGAAGCUAAUGAAGUUAAGUUGAAACUAGAAGAAAAGCAGCGAGCAAACAGACGGCAGCUUGAAUGUGAAGCACAACAAGCUGCGGCAGAAGGCCGGGCCUACACAGGAUACGAGCCAGUUUGGUUUAAGCAACAGUCAGACCCCAUCACUGGAAACCCCGUUCACAUCUACCAGGGAAGAUACUGGGAAUGCAAGGCUCGACAGGACUGGUCGAUGUGUCCUGAUAUCUUUUCACUCCCAGAAUGAAUGAAUGUAGUUGUAGUAUUCUUAGUUAUUCACAAUUGUGAAAAGAGAUGAACAAAAUUAAAAAAACAAUCAGAUUGCUCAUGUAUGAGUUCUAAGUGCACUUUUAGGAGCUGAAAUUGUGAUCAGUAGAAUACAGGUUGUACACAUCCAUUAGUGGUGCUGUCGUCUCCAGCUAAAGUAGACUUCUUAUCUAGAUUAAUUGAUUGAGGAAUUAUUUGUGCACGUCACCGUGUCGUCAACUUAAAAGGUUGAGCUGUCUCAAAUUUGGUUCAAGAUUGUCGUGUAAUUUCUAACAAUUAGGAGAACAAAAUGCAUAUAUAUAUAUGAGAAGUCAUUUAGAUAGUAAAGAUCGUAUAAAAAUAAGUAUUUAGAAUUCUUAGUCCCAUAGUAAUAGAAGAAUAUAAAAGAACAGACAUUGAUAGUUUAUUUGGUAUAUUCUGACAUGCUUAAGAAGAAUGAUAUUACUUUCAGAAUUAAUCAAAGCAUGGAAGGAGUUGACAUUGCUUCAAGAAUGUAUUUAAAGGCUGUGAUUGUUCAAGUGUUACCAUAAUGGUCUUAAGAUCGAAGUUGUUUUGCAUGUAGUUGUAAAUACAAUGCCUUAAAUGGUCCUUGGUGUAAUAAGUAUGUACUAUAGUCCUUUAGUGGCGAAUUAGUGAACCCUAUCUAAAGAUUUGUUGAUGCACCAUUACCAAGGUUUGAUUAUUAAGUAAGCUUAUACAAAUCUAUCCCACUUCAUCGUCUACUAAGUCUGUCUAAUUUCGUCCUUCUGCUAACUUCAGUCAUACAAAUCUGUCUAGUCUAGUCCUUUAAACAACUUCAGUCAUACAGAUCUGUCUAGUUCUUUUACCAACUUCAGUUAUACAAAUCUGUCUAGUCUAGUCCUUUAACAACUUCAGUCACACAAAUCUGUCUAGUCUAGUCCUUUAACCAACUUCAGUCAUACAGAUCUGUCUAGUCUAGUCCUUUAACCAACUUCAGUUAUACAAAUCUCUCUAGUCUAGUCCUUUAACCAACUUCUGUCAUACAAAUCUGUCUAGUCUAGUCCUUUAACCAACUUCAGUUAUACAAAUCUGUCUAGUCCUUUAACCAACUUCAGUUACACAAAUCUGUCUAGUCUAGUCCUUUAACCAACUUCAGUUAUACAAAUCUCUCUAGUCUAGUCCUUUAACCAACUUCUGUCAUACAAAUCUGUCUAGUCCUUUAACCUACUUCAGUCAUACAAAUCUGUCUAGUCCUUUAAACAACUUCAGUCACACAAAUCUGUCUAGUCCUUUAACCAACUUCAGUUAUACAAAUCUGUCUAGUCCUUUAACCAACUUAUAUAUAUAUAUAUAUGUCUAUCUAGUCUAGUCCUACCAAUUUUUUUCCUACAAGUCUGUUUACUUUAGUUCCACCAGUUUCAUUCAUACAAGUCCAUCUGCUAUCUUCACUCUUAUGUAUCUAUCUAAUUCUAGUCAUUCUAAUGUCAAUGUUAUAUGUGUGUUUAGUGUAUUCCUUCUACUAGCAUCUCUGGUCUAGUCCUUCUACGUACAUCACUCAUAAAUAUUUAUAGAGUGUAUUCUUUCUACCAACUUCACGCUUAAACAUAUAUUUAAUAUUUCUACUAACUUUUUUGAAAUGUUAUGACACUUCUGAAAUAUAGUUACGUUUUCACUGGAUAUCAGCAAUAAAACAUUUACUUCUCUUGAAUUUGGGUAAUUUACGAUGCAAAAAAUGUUUGUUUUUUUCUUCUGGGUGGGGCAUCAAUGGCCCAUCGAACUUUUCUCUAAUCAGUUGUUUUCAUACCUGAUAAGAUAGAUAACUCACUUGAAUGAAUAAAUUAAAACUAUUAUGGCUAUCAGAACUAACAAGUUAGUAGUCAUGUUUUAUUACUUGCAUGAUAAUUCUCUAAUAUUUUUCAUUUGUUUCUCCAAAUAUGAUGCAUGUAUACUAAAACUUAACUUUGAAAAGGUUUCUGUCUUUAGUGUUCCAGUUUGCUUACAUUGUCCUCCUUUACAAUUUAAACACGAAAAAUUGAGACCAUUCAUGUUACUCGAAGAUGAGUCUCUCACUUAACUGUAAUGUAUUGAGGUCUCUUUAAGUUAGAACUUAUAUUUCAGAAGGAGAACCUGUUCUCUGUUGUUGGCCACUGUUUUUCUAAGUUGAAUUAUGAUGGUUUCCGAUAUGUGUAGAUCAUUUUAUUGCUGGCUUAUAAAACAAUGUUGAACUGAUUUGGAUGGCUGAAUUAGAAUGCACUCCAACCUGUGUUUGCCAAUGCAAGUGGAAUACAGAGUUUUACUGGUGGUUGAACCAUUGUACCCAAGUUUUGAACUUGGUCAUGCAUAGAGAUAUGCUGUAGAGGACUUCUGUGUAAAGUCAGUAUAGUCCUGAAGGGUAAACAUGGUUAUUAGGCUGUUUUGUGUUUUAAAGAUACAAUGGAGUUGUAACUAUGACUAAUUUAAGGGAAUUAUUUUCCUAAUUUUAUUUUUAUAUGUAAUGUCAAUUGAUCAUGAUUAAUAAUUAUUUAUUAUGUAGGUAAGGCGAGUAUUGUGAAAAUAUUAAAUUGCUUCUUUUGGCUAAAAGACUUGAUAGUAUCAAAAAUGGUACUUGUUAUACUUGCAAAUAAUGCCGAGUUAUUCAGUUGCUGUUUUUGUUUCAUUUUGUGAAAGAAAAAUUCAGGAGUUUUUGGGUACAUGGUUGGUUAAUACUUAUUUACCGAACAAAAUGUUUAGUUUUGACUCAUUGGUUUUAUUUUUAACUUCUGUUUAUGAUCAAGGUUUCUGAAUGUUUUUUUUCUUUUUUAGAUUUGUUGCAUGCUGUAUUGUUAAGCCUUUUCAGUUUUAUACCUUUUGUUUAGAAAGGUAUAAGAUAAAGAUUUUUCAUUAAUAUUGUUAUUUUUUUAUAUGCAUGUUUCAGUGGGAUAUGGAAGACAACAUGGCUGAAUAAGGUUGAAAGCUAUGUUCCUUAAUAAUACAUACUCAUUUGUUAAAGUGAAUGAUUUGUACAUUGUUUUAUUAGAGUUGUUCGCUCAAUCAAUCGGUAUACGAUGUGUAUUAUAAGCUAUCAGAAGAAGCAACAUCUAAUUUCCAGUUUUGUUGAGAGAACUUUUAUGUACUAUGAGCUUUGUGUACAAAUUGAAAUUGGCUGCAUUCAUGUUAUUUGAUAUUUUACUUUUGGUGACAUAUCUUUCAGAAAUGGUCAAGUUUAUAUGAGCAAAGAAAGAUCUUGUUCGUUUAAAGGCUUAAUGGAAUCAUGUAUUGUAGUUUUCAUUACUAAAGGAAACACAGAUAACAUUGGAUGUUAAAUAGGCUUACAAUAGAUAAUUGUACUUCAAACAUUUAUGGUGUUGUUAUAAGAGUAGCUUAGAUGACUAAAAAUAACAAACAUGAUGUAAUGAUGUAAUUUUUCCUAUGGUUUUCGAUUUUACAUAUAUGUGGUUUGUAAACUUUUUAAUUUAGUUGAAAUGUAAAGCUGUUUCAUUUUGGUCUGAAAUAUAAUUUUUACCAUUCUUUUAA